CUGGUGUAGGGUCCUGGAGACCUUCUUGGAGCUCAUCCAGCAACCAUCAUGCAAGGUGGUGCUGGGGACUGCCCUCUUACUUGGAGGUGGAGGCCUCAUGCUGUGGUUUCAGAGGAGGAGAAGGAAGAUAGUCCAUGAGUCUCCACAAGAUGAGCUCGGGCCACAAGAAUUCCACGAUGCACAGAAUGAGAGCUGGAUCAAAUCUCACUUUAGCCGCCUUUCCGAAGAGAAGCUGGAAACUGGCAGCACCCCCACCGCUGCCAGCAGUAUGGCUGCUCCCCAGCCCGAGAGUGGCAGCGGAGAAGCCAGCACCACAGUUCGCGUGGAGACCUUCAGCACGAGGCAAGGAGAAGCGGGCACAGCUCUUCACCGGGAGUCCUUCACCAGCAAGCAGAAGAUGUCUGGAUCCUCAGUGGUAAAAGAGACCCACAAAGAGUCUGGAAAAUCCUCGUCCACGAAUGAGGCAACAUGGGCCGCUGUGGCUGCUUGUGCCAAGGAGAUUGACACCAAGGGACGGCAACUGGCUAACUCCAUGUUGCAGCGCGCCACGGUUUACCAGAACAACGGCCACCUGGAGUCCAACGACAUCAACCAGGAGGAGCUGAGGGCCCUUGAGGAAGUGGAGAUAAAGCUAAAAGGCAAUUUCUUCACUCAGCGGGAAACCACUGUAGCUGGCAUGAACCACACACACACCUUGCAUGGCCAUGGUCAUGGGCACCAUGGUUAUCUAAGCCACCAGAACCACCAGAGCCACAGCCUGACCAACCGCAGCCAACAAAUCUAUCACCCCUUCAAAGCCACCUAACCAUGGAUGGAGAAGCCCCUUCCCCCAACAGGGCUGGCACAUAAUCACAGGCCUGUUUUCUCUCCCAUUGGACAAACUGUGUGGCCCAGGAUGAGAUGCUGCCACCCAAUCCUUCUUCCUCAGACCCCUACAGGAGUCCUGAGCCCCUUUGACUCCAUGAGUGGGAUCUGCCACAGAGGAUGGCCCCUAAUGAAGGGAGAACUGGGAGGAAGCAAAGCAGC